AUGAAUGGGAUACUCCCAACGGGCCGUCCUGAGGUGAAGCCGGCUUCUCACAUCACCACCAACGCAUUGUGUCCACCCUCAAUACACCGCGGAGACAGCCAGGCCCCUGUUGGCGGCCUGCAAGCCACACUGGUUUCACUAAUCAGACAGAUUGGGCGUUUCAGAGGCUCCUCCCCAGCAAAGAGAGUCCAGCAGGGCUCACCUGUGAAAGCCGGUGCAGCAGCAACAGUCGCUCUCACCGUCCAGACGAAACAGGACAAAGUCAGGCUGACCAAAGAACUGAGCCACAAAGAACACAAUGGCCUCCACCCUGUCAGUGCGCAGCUACACGACAGCGGACGCAGCCUCCGCUCCAAGUCCCCCGUCUCUCCGCUGUCCACCGUCAACGGCCUGUCCCUGUCCCGCUCCCUCUCCGUGGGCAACGGCCUCAACCUGCUGGGCUCCAGCCUGUCCUACAACGGCCUCGGCACCAGCGAGAAGGAGACCAUGCAGGGCCUGAACGACAGGCUGGCCAACUACCUGGACAAGGUGCGCUCCCUGGAGAGGUCCAACGCCGAGCUGGAGGUCCGGAUCAAGCAGCUCAUGCUGGAGAAAUCUCCAAAAGGCCACGACAUCGAAGGGAUGAUGGCGCAGGCGCACGCCAUUGGGCAAGAGGUGAGAAAGAAGACGCUGGAGAAUGCCCGGAUCAUGCUGGAGAUUGAUAAUGCCAGGCUGGCAGCCGACGAUUUCAGGGUCAAAUGGGAGACGGAGGCCACCCUGUGUCAGUCGGUCGAAAGAGACUGCCAGGCCCUGAGAAGAGCAAAGUCCGACCACGACCAGCUCAUCGCCUCCCUGCGAGGAGACCUGGACAGCCUGAAAGAGGAGCUGUACUUCCUCAAAAAGAAUCACGAUGAGGAGAUGAUUGCCCUGAAGGCCCGUCUGGCCACUGAGCAGGUGAGCGUGGAGGUGGAUGCUGCUCAGGGCCCCGACCUGGGCGCCAUAAUGGCUGAGCUGAGGGUCCAGUAUGAGGGCAUCGCUCGUAAGAACAAGGAGGACGCCGAGACCUGGUACCUCAAGAAGCUGGACGCGGUCCAGUCGGAGGUGAAGGAAAGCAACGAGGCCCUGCGCUGUGCCCAGAGCGAGCUCAGCGAGAGGAGACGCUUCCUGCAGGCUCUGGAGGUCGAGCUCGACAAUCUUCGCAAACAGGUCAGCGUGCUGGAGGGAAACCUUGGAGAAACAGGACACAAGUACUCUGUGGAAAUGGACCGCCUUCAGGCCACUCUGACUCAGCUGGAGGACGAGCUGUCCCAUCUGCGUUUGGACAUGCAGCGCAACAAAACCGACUACGAGCAGCUGCUGCGCAUUAAGCAGAACCUGGAAAUGGAGAUCGCCACCUAUAGGAGGCUGCUGGAGGGGGAGGAAAUGGUGAAAGAAACCCCUCCUCCUCCCAAAAAAGAUCCCGAGGUCAGGACCAGAAAGAUUGUUAAAGUCGUCACUCAGACCGUGAUCAAUGGCAAGGUGGUCGAUGAGUCCAGUGAGGUGGAGCAGAUCGAGGAGAAGAAAAAAUGAGCCAACAGGAACAUCCAUGUCUCUCAAAUCCAAAACAAUAUUUGACUGUGCCUUCACUGGUUGACUACAUUAUUGUCUCCAAAUGUUUUGGUGCCAGAAGCCAUUCAAAUAAUCUGAAUAUUGAACUAAAAAUUAAAGCUUGCUCAGUUAGUGGCUGUGUGCUGUAUUUCAAUUUCAUUUAGAAUAUUCCAAUACAUUUUUGUGGUUUGUACUUGUUUAUUAAUUUUUGGGGUUAUGACUUUACAUUAUCAACUUUUAAGUUAUGACAUGUCAUACGCUGGAUUUUGUUCAGCGCCCUGAAAUGCAUCUUUAAAGUCAUAUGUUCUGACAGAAUAAAUGAAUGGAAA